GAUUGAAACAACGGCUCUACUUACCACCUCACAUCCAGAAGCGCACAAGUUCUCGUCCCAUAUCGGAAACUAAUACGGAUUGAUUAAUACUGGGCUUUACAACAUCAAUCAUGAAUCGACCAGGUAUGAGCCCUUGAACUCUCUUUUCCCCCCACAACUGCCCCGCUGCACGGCUCCGAGAGAGAAGGGGGACAGUUUGCAUUGGAUGAUGCGUCAAAUGUGAGAGGAAACAGAUUUCAAGAGGAUAUAGAGCCUUGCGAAAAGUUAGCAUAUAUAGGUUUUGUAGGAUUUGGACUGUGCGUGGGGCGCGGAUAUAUCGUAGGAGCUUUGCAUGUAGUUGGCUUUUACAGCUCGAUGAAAUCAGAUGAGAGUGCUUCAAUGAAGGGGUGAUCGCUUGAUCUACUGGUAGAAGUUGAAGGGAUACAAUUGGGUUCUGGCACCCGUGCUGAAGGGAGCACUUUUGUCGCUAGAGAGUGUUUGGUCGCAUCAACCUGCAAACAUUAUGAGGCUUUCAUUGGACAUUUUCUGCCGCAGGCCUACUCACAGAAUUGUGCUGACCUUUUUUUCUCAGGUGUAGGACCGCAGGCAAUGCGUGGCAUACCAAACGGAUUCCCAAAUCAACAACAAAUGCAGAAUAGGAAUGUAUCAAGCAGGAUACCGCCGGGUGGGAAAAUGGGUACGAUUCAUACCCCCAUGUUAAAGCAAUCCAGGAAGACUUCAUGUAUACUGAUGUUUGCCGAUAAUUUCUAGCAAACAAUGGAGCAACAUGGGCAUUUGGAGGUGUACCGAUGGGAGGAGCGGGUCUAGGAAAUCCACGUCCAAAUAAUGGACCCAUGACAAGUUUUGCACAAACAAUAGGAGGCUCUUCACAACCAGCGACACCACUCGAUCUUUCGUAAGUCAUAGCCUACUUUUUUUGUACUUUACUCCUAUGAUUCGCUGAAGUAUCUCUUCUUCUUCUCUACAUCAAUUCAAAAAUGAACGAAACUCAUUCCUCAAAAGAUGGUGGUCCUCUUCGUCCAUAUUCUCCCGGAAGGUAUAAUUAUUCCAAAGAUCUUCAAAUCUGCGAAACCACAGUUUUGUGUGUUACAGAUAUAUUAUGUAUAGCUCUGGCACUUGGCACAGUUUAUGCUGUUGGUUUAAUCUGCCUCAGUUCUAUUACUCUUCUUUUCAAUACCGCAAAGCUUCAUGGUUGAACUUGCUAACAUUGUUUUAGUGAGUUCCCUUCACUAUCAGGAAACCAGCCCCAACACAAUCAAUCAACAUGGGGAGCGGCAGGAGCACGUAAUAUUGGUCCAUCAGCAAAUAUCCGAUUACAGCAAUCAGCUGGAUUAUCCGCGCAACAUGCUGCUCAGCAACAGCAGCAGCAACAGCAAGAUGAACUUUUUAACUCAUCAACUCAAUUAUCGAAUAAUUCCGGUGGGUUCAGAUUUGGAGCACAAAGUGCAGUUGGUCAGUCGUCACAGCCGAGCAGCGCAGAUGACUUCCCGCCUUUGAGAAAUUCAAAUGGAGAGAUCGGCCAAGAUCGCGGUUCCGGUCUAUUACAGAAUGUGGGGUUUGGAGGCGGUGGGGGAUUAGGAUUUGGUUCCGGAAACCCACCCCAGCAAGCCAGAAGUAAUGGUCUUUUAAGCGCAUUAUCUGGUGGUAGUCGAGUUGCACCAGGUAAGAGAGUUGCUUCACCAGGGAAUUUAUCAGGUGAAUAAAUACCAUAUUGAUUGGGUGAUGUGUUACUGUACUCCUCGGCUAAUUUUGAUUAUUAUUCAGGCCCAUCCACAAACAGAUCCCCUAUAGACUCCAGUCGCCAAGGUCUAUCCAACCUUGGAGAGAACGAAGCUGGGGUAAGGCGGGGACUCCUCCCAAUUAUUGAAUUUCUGCUGAUCAAUUUGCGCAGGGCUUCCCAAACACGAAUUUUGGCUCAUCGAGUCCCAUACCACUCCGAGAAGACAGCGAUCAACAAUUCAAUAUGCCUACAGCAACCAGCUCGCGACCGGAUGGUCCAUCAACCCUAACUCAAGCGCAGGAACUCGACCCUAGUUCUGCGCAGAGAAAUGCCGAGAAUGCCGAUUCUAAAGUACAAGAUCCCUUAGCUCACAUGAGUGACAUCGACAGAUUUGGACUCAAGGGGUUUUCCUAUAUGAUGAACAACUUCCCUGACUAUGCUGCUCUUGUUACUGGAACCGAUAUCAACCACUUGGGUCUCGAUCUACAUUCUGAACAGUAAGUUAUGGCCUGAUAGCCUUCUGUCUUUCCGGAAUAGUACCUCAGCCAUGCUAACAAUUACAAGACCCAUCUCAAACCAAAUUUACUCUCUCUGGGAUAACGAGCCACCGCGACCAGAUGUUGCCCGUUUCAAUCUACCUGAGUGUUAUCGUGUUCUGAAUGUUGCCCCUCUCGAAAGCAAGAUGCCCAGCUUCAACGAAGAAGCCCUAUUGUUCAUGUUCUACAGUAAUCCUGGUGACAAGCAGCAGCUCAUGGCAGCUAGGGAGCUGUAAGUAGAGUAUCCAUCAUUCAUCAGGCCAUUUGCUAAUAUUUAUAUCACUCGACAGUGGCAAUAGAAACUGGCGUUAUCAUAAAAAAUUGCAAGUUUGGCUUACGAAAGAUGAUUUGAUGGUUCCCCGACAACUUACUCAACAAAUGGAGCAAGGCUAUUAUAUCUUCUUUGAUGUCAAGACUUGGUCAAGACAACGAGUAAGUCUUCAUACAUCAUAUGUAUAGUAUAGUUUGCUGAUAUGACUUUAGCGGGAAUUCACAUUGUCUUACGAUGAUUUAGAGAGGGUUGAGGAUCGAUUUUAAUGUAUCCAAAAUUCCAAGUCAAAUACUGUCUCUCUUAUCGACCGAUAAAACCCUACAUUUUGAUGAAUAAGGCACAUAUCGAUCAGUGCAAAUAUGCAUAAUCUCAUGAGGCUGAAUACAUAGCAUGCUCGUUUCUCUAAUUACUAUGGCUCACUAGUUGUAUUUUGCUAUGGGGCGCAAGGCCAAUGCAUACAUGGGGCUUGGCUUUCUUUUUUAGCGGUGUACAUAGGUGGGCUUAAUUUGCUCAGGCUUCUGGACUCUUUGAUGGCUGGCUGGCGUUUCAAUCAUGAAGCUUCUGGAAGGCUCGGUGGAAGGUCGCGUCGUAGGCAUGACAGGCAGAUCAGGUAUAUGGCAUAUCGAUAAAAAUGGAUUAUUUUCGGUGAUGAUCUAUAUAAUUCUGGCUGUAAAUAUCAUAUCGUGUCAUAUCCGCUGCGGUGCGGUGCUUGUCGUGUAGCGUGAUAAGAUCAUAAAGUAGGGAGGUAGGUAAUCUCAGCAGCCAAAUCAAGUAAUAAUAAGUCUCUGGAACCUGUUCUGCCCUGUCUUGU